GUGUUGGAGGACAUACAUUGCACAGUGUACAGAGAGAGCCACAUCCACAGAACAAGGAGGGAGAGGGAAGCAAACCAGAGAGGGAGCAUUUGGGGUUUCAACUCACAUCCCUCCUCCUCCUCAGAGAAAACACAUGCUCACACAUGCACUCGCUUCCUGAUGCACACAUGCACGAAUGCAUACACAUACUCAUAGACACUCACACUACCACACACACACAGGGAGAAUUGCUUUAGGGUAUACCAGGCAGCUUUGGCAAUCCUUCCCUUUGUUGUUUCAGCUAUUGGUUAGUCUCGGCAGCGGUGUGGCGUGUGCCUCUAUCGCUGGGGAGGGUGUUUGUGUUUGUGGAGUCUACGAGGCAGUGUAUGAAAGGAUGCAGCUAACAGGAGCCGGGCUCCAGGCCCAUUGGUUGCCAGCCUUCCAACCAUUAUCUCUACUCGUCCACCCCUCUGUCAUCCUGUCUCCCUCCACUCUGCCUCCUCACAUUCCAAGUCAUCACUGAAGUCGUAAAAAUGAGUUUGCAUGCAAUGCGGGAGCAGAAGUUUGCAGUGAGCACAUGAAUUGGGGAAGAAGUAAAGGGAAGGCUUUCGGAAUCAAGAGGAAGCACAUUUUGGACGAAAAGUUUUAAGAGAAGACUGCAGCUGAAAAUGAGUCUGGAGGAGAUGUGGUGAGCAUUUCAUCUCCAAGUGAACGCCAGUAGGUUACAGCGGAAGCAGAGGUCUGGGAGAACUGCAUCAACACCAAACCAUUGCAGAUGGAGGUGGAUGCAGACGAUAAGCGCCACCGCACACGCUCCAAAGUGCCUGUGGAUCCAGCAUUAACACAGCUUUUCAGUGUGUAUGGAUGCCCUGUGGCCAAGAAGAGAAAGAGUCUAGACAGAACAACCUUGGAGACCUCCCCCAAGAGAAGCACCUACCUAGAUGACAUGGACAACUCUACAAUGGAAGAAUGCUACGAGACAGACGGAACCGAAGAGAUGGACGACAGGGAGGAAGAAGAGGAGGGAGCGCUAGAGGAGGACGAGGAGGAAGAGGGGGGUGAGGUGGAGGAAAUUGAAGGCUAUAUGGACUACAACGAAGACCAGAUGGAGCAUGGGGAAGGCGAGAUGGGAAGAGGGGAGGGUGAGGAAGAGGUAGAUGUGGAGGAAGAAGACAUUGACGAGGAAGGGAGGGUGGAGGAGGAAGAGGAGGAAACAGUGGCAGUGGAAGACUAUGAAGAGGGAGAAGAGGAAGAAGGAGAGCAAAGGCAAGAGGAGGAUCCGAUGAGUGGUGGAGAGGGCAGCAGUGGAGGUGGCGGCAAUGCCAAGUCAGGUCCUGCAGCGGAGAAGGAUGACAACAACAACGAUGAGUAUGAGAACUAUGACGAGCUUGUGGCUAAGUCACUGCUCAACCUUGGCAAGAUCGCAGAAGAUGCCGCGAAUCGGGCAAUGACGGAGUCGGAGAUGAACAGCAACUCCUCUCACAGUGCUGAAGAGGAAGAAGAAGAAGAGGAGGAGGAGGAAGAAGAAGAGGAAGAAGAGGAGGAAGAAGAGGAAGAAGAAGAGGAGGAAGAAGAAGAGGAAGAGGAUGAAGAGGAGGAAGAAGAGGAAGAGAACGAGGAAACGCUAACCGGUCAUCAACACGAUCUGAGUUUGGACGUGCAUAGUGACGUGGUAAGGGAGACUGUGGACUCUCUCAAACUUCUGGCACAAGGACACGGUGCUGUGUUGUCGGAUAACUUAGAGGGACAGGACUAUGCAGAAGGAAUUGCUGCAAAUGGAGACUGUUCCCAUAAUGGCGUAACUGUGCACAAUGGUGGUAAUGGACUCGGUAAGCCCACCAGUAACGGACAAUUAGAAAACAGUGAUGAAGAAGUGUGUCUAAGCAGUCUGGAGUGCCUACGGAAUCAGUGCUUCGAUCUUGCUCGGAAACUCAGUGAAACAAAGCCCACCGACCGCAACGGGUCAUUCCAGCAGAAUCAUUACCUUUGCGGAGACAUGAACCAGCAGCCCCAACAUCACAGCUAUGGAGAGUUCCAGCAUGGCCGGGAUGACAGACGAACACUCGACAGGAACUAUUCAGACAUGGACAAUCUCUUGAAGCUUGAAGAGCAGCUGAGCCCGCGAUCCAAGGCCUUCGCCAGUUGCGCUCAGGGCGACCGUUUUCAUCACCGGGACUUCGACGAAGACACAGCCUCUGUGACGUCAGACCGGUCAGAGGAAGUUUUUGACAUGACAAAGGGCAACCUGUCCUUGUUGGAAAAGGCCAUUGCGCUAGAGUCCCAACGUGCAAAGGUGCUGCGGGAUAAGAUGGAGGCAGAUGCAGCUAGAAGAGAGGGUGUGAGGUAUGGCCAUGAUGACCACGGCUCACGACAUGCCUAUGCAGUUGAGCGGAAAGGACGACUCCCUGAUGGAAUGAAGAAGCUCUUUUAUCACAAAGAUUCUUCCCGCGCAGACAAGAAGGAGAGUCGCUGUCCGACACCGGGUUGUGACGGCACGGGUCACGUGACCGGCUUGUACCCCCACCAUCGAAGCCUGUCGGGCUGUCCGCACAAAGACAGAGUGCCACCAGAAAUUGUGGCUAUGUAUGAGAACGUUCUUAAGUGUCCUACGCCUGGCUGCACUGGACGUGGCCAUGUCAAUAGCAACAGAAACUCCCACAGAAGUCUAUCUGGAUGUCCCAUUGCUGCAGCGGAGAAGCUGGCAAAGGCCCAGGAAAAACACCAGAGCUGUGACGGCUCUAAACCAAAUCAGGCUUCUGACAGAGUCUUAAGGCCUAUGUGCUUUGUCAAACAACUGGACUAUCCUCAAUAUGGUGACAAGAACAAUGUUUCCACCAGCACGCCCCGAUCCAACCUGGCCAAGGAGCUGGAGAAGUAUUCCAAGACCAGUUUUGACUACAGCGCCUUCGAGAGUACCAACAACCACCAAGUGUAUGGGAAACGGGCCAUUGCACCCAAGGUUCACGGGCACAGAGAUACCUCCCCAAAAGGAUUUGACGCCAAACGGUACUGCAAGAAUUCCAGCUCAGCCAGCAGCACCACCAGCACUUAUGCUCCCAGCAGUAGCAGCAGCAGCCUGAGCUGUGGAGGUGGAGGUGGUGGUGUCGGCGGAGGUGGGGGCAGCAGCGCCAGCAGCACCUGCAGCAAAAGCAGCUUUGACUACAGCCAUGACAUGGAGGCUGCACACAUGGCUGCCACGGCCAUCCUCAACCUGUCCACACGCUGCCGGGAGAUGCCCCACGGUAUGGGGGGAAAGCCCCAGGAUCUGUGCUCACAGAGUCCCAGCCUUGAUGUUGACGAGAACGGUACAUUGGACCUGAGUAUGAGCAAGCGUCUGUGCAGCGGUGGAGGGGACUCAGUGCUCACCCCGCUAGAGCCCAUGUCCCCCCAGAGGCAAGCUGCCCUUCUUGGCUCCCGCUGCUACGGCAUGGGGGACGCUGCUGACUGUUGGGACCUGCCUGUAGACUACACCAAGAUCAAACACAUAGAUGGGGACGAGAAAGAGCAGGAUGAUCUGGACCCCUUCCAAGACCUGCUGGAGGACCGCUCCUACACAGAUGUUAACAUGCCUAGUCCCAAACCCAAAUAUGCUCAGUGCAAGGAGAGUAAGAAGGACCUGAUAACUCUCUCAGGUUGUCCAUUAGCUGAUAAAAGUAUUCGGAGUAUGCUGGCCAACAACGCACAAGAACUCAAGUGCCCGACACCAGGGUGCGAUGGUUCGGGACAUAUCACUGGCAACUACGCCUCUCACAGAAGCCUCUCAGGUUGUCCAAGGGCAAGGAAAAGUGGAAUAAAGAUCAUCCACAGUAAAGAGAAUAAGGAAGACCAAGAGCCUAUCAGGUGUCCUGUUCCUGGUUGUGAUGGUCAGGGUCAUGUGACAGGAAAGUAUGCAUCCCACAGAAGUGCAUCAGGAUGUCCCAUAGCAGCCAAGAGACAAAAAGAUGGCUACCUCAAUGGAAUCCAGUUCACAUGGAAGUCUGGCAAGACGGAGGGAAUGUCCUGUCCCACACCGGGCUGCGAUGGCUCAGGUCAUGUCAGUGGCAGCUUCCUGACGCACCGGAGUCUGUCAGGCUGUCCACGUGCCACCUCCGCUAUGAGGAAAGCCAGGCUCUCUGGAGUAGACAUGCUCACAAUAAAGCAGCAGCGCAGCAGCAAUGGGUUGGAUCACGAAGAGGAGCUCAAACAUCUGGAUGAAGAAAUCAAAGACUUAAGUGACUCAAAUUCACAAGUGGAAGCCGACAUGAUCAAACUCCGAACUCAGAUCACCACUAUGGAGUCCAAUUUGAAGUCCAUGGAGGAGGAAAACAAGGUGAUUGAACAGCAAAAUGACUCUCUCCUGCAUGAGCUGGCCAACCUCAGCCAGUCACUGGUUAACAGUUUAGCUAAUGCCCAGCUCCCCCAUAUGAAACCUCUGACACACAAAGAACCUCUUCUUCGGACCAACAGCUGCUUACAGCUGCACCAGCAAGAGCCCAUUGAACAAAACUUUGACGCUUAUGUCACUUCCUUAACGGACAUUUACACAACCCAGGAUCAAUACCACAGUCCGGAAAACAAAGCCUUGUUGGACAACAUCAAACAGGCGGUCCAAGGGAUCCCAGUGUAACGAUUUGAGAGAGGCGGCCACAUAUUUACCCCUGCAAGAUGUGGGACUAUAGUCUCUGAAUCCUCAAAUGCGGUGAAGGUUCCAGUUCCUUGAUGCAGAGCAGUUACUUAUAAUGUACAGUGUUAUAUAUUCUGAAUACUUUAAAGAAAAAAACAAUGGUAUUAUGCUUAACAAGAGACAUUAAAACAAUUUCUUUUUGGGGGGGGUCUUGCUCUGGGUAAAAACACACAAGCAUAAACAUCAAAAUAGUUUUUGAAGACAUUUUGUACGUUUUCAUAUGAGCUGACAGUGUCAUGUAAUGUUUCUAGCUGCUCACAUAUGCACAUUUUAGUGUAUACAACUGAACAGUAAGCUGAUACUAAUGAGUUCUUUUUAUUGCUUGACCAGAGAGCAUUUUAGAUGAAAAAAACAAAGCUGAGCUGGACAGUGAUAUCAAAGGACACAAACACAUGAAGAGGAAACAAAUUUUUCGACUCAACGGGUGGUUUUAGAUUUUGGUUUUGUUUUCUUCUGUCUUGCUUGUGGAGUGUUCAAGGACAAGAGCUGGCUUGCAAACUGCUUUAUUUUUUGACAAUGCUUGAAAAAAAUCCUUGUGUUUUAAUUUAUUGUAAAAAAAAAAAAUGUGUAGCUGAAGUGGGGGAAUUUGUAAUUGGUGCUGUAAAUGGAUCUAAAGGUGAAACUGGCCGGGCGUAUGUAUGAAUGUAUGUAUGAGCAGUUAUAUUGUAAACAUCAUUACACGGAAACCCGAUGGUGGAAAUCCCGUUAUGUAGGAGACCAAAUUUAUUCCCAGGGGAACAGAUCUGUGCUGUGCAUGUACGGUCACAUGCAUCUCAUCAUAUAAUCUCAAUUCCAAAUAAAAAGACAAUUUAGAGAUAUCACUCACAUCCUCCUAUUAAAUCCAAACUGUGUUGCAAGAAUCAAAUAUUUCAGCAAUAUAAAAAGCAAAUCAUCUGUUUAUUAUAGUUCUGAGGUACAAUCUGCAAAGGGACAAAAUGUAGGGUAUAUGCAAUUUUUUUGUUUAUAAGCAAAGCGGGGCAACACUAACCUUUUUAAUAUAGCUAUGUAAAAUAGUGAUUUUUAUACAAAUCUUUUAAUACAAAAGUUUUUUAAAAUGUUGGAGGAAUUUGUUGAGUUCUCAAAGUGAAACAUUCGUUCCACUUUUUUCUGUAACAUUUUGCACAGGGACACCUUCGUUUCCAUGUUUUGAUGUUCUUACAGAACUAAAAGCAGUACCCGAGAGACGAAAAGGAGGGUUUUGUAAAGAGUAUUUAUAGACAGCAGGACUUACAGGGUCACUGUCCCCACGUAUGUGCCAGUAGACUAUUUGCACUUGUCCUUGAAGAUAUUAUCCUUACAUAUGGCGACGUGCAAUUUUCCAGGUGACCUCUUUGGCACACGAUUGGAGCAACUAACAGCUUGGAGCCACUGUGUGGAUUAAGUACCACUGAAAAGGAAGAACAGGGAAGAGGAUGACUAGAACCAUAGCAGUAGGCUAUUGUAAAAACAUGAUCAAUGUUCAUUUUUGCUAUGUUUUAGGAAGAUGAAGUUAUUCCCCAGCAGCACUUUAUAUCUAAUCACUGUACAAAGGAAUUAAGUACUCAAUCAAUUCAAGGUUUUAAAAAAACAAAAAAAGAAUAAGCAGAAGACAACAAAGGCCUUGUGAAAUAAGACCUUUUUUGAGAGGGUGAAAUACAAUCCAGCAUCACACACCCAGCGUGACUGUACGCACCUCUCCAUUCUGUUGUUCUAGUUGUUAGCGGUCAUCAAAAUUUGCCUUGUCCAAAGCGAAUGCAGCUGAAUCUCAUUGAAUGAACUUUGCCGUCCACUUCCAGGACUCUCUCCUGCACAUCGUCAUUAUUCCGCGGCAUCGUGUCUGCAGCUUUUUGCCAAUAUAGUGAUGCUUCGGUAGAGUAAUUGCUAGUUCAAGCUUUUUGGAUUAAUUGUCAUUAUCAGUAAAAACGGAAAAAGGGAUUAUUAAAGCACAAACUGCUCGUCUGACAUUGGUCCGUAAUUAAGAAAUCUGAAGAGUUAUCUGUGACUAUAGUGAACACAAAAGGUUGCCACAUAUUUAAAAUGAUGACUCUUCAUUAUAAAAAAAAAAAUAUCGUGAAAUCAUCAGAGAUUAUUACUUUAUUUGCACCAUUUUAAUUUUGAGAUGGGUUUCAGUGACCAUGAACAAAGACUGGAUUUUGUACAAACUAUUGUGCUCUCUGUGGAACUGAAGUUUGAUUUAUUUUUGUACAACACAGCAUGGAUUUGUUGACAUUUUAAUUUUGCUAUAAAUGUGUGAGAUCACAAGUUGCUGUGAUAUUUCAUUUAUAAAUUGUGAACUUUGUACAAUUUUUGUCAUGCUGGAUGUUGACACAUCUUACUCUAAUAAAGAAAAAUGUGUUGCCAGAGGCCUGUAAAAUGCCUCGGGUUCCUUUUGUUUUUCUUGAGAUAAUUCUAUAUUUUUGUUAACUGGUGACAACUUUUUUGUUUGUUUUUUGUUUUUUUUUAUGGUGUGGUUGUAGUUGAUGAUGAUUUUUCUUAUUAGAGCAGAAAACAAUAGAAUUGAUUUUUAAUCAACAUUCAAUUUUAAUUGGAGGAUGAAAUAUUAGUUUAUCCUUUGUUCUUGAUAAAAAAGCACUGAGGUGAAAAAUGAUCCUAUUGUGUGCUGGUCAGAUUACAGGACUUCAUUAUGAAACCUUGAAUUGCAUCAUAUUUCAAAACUUCAACAGAAAUUUUGGGAUGUUAGGGACCACACUACCUUGAAUUGCAUCAUAUUUCAAAACUGCAAGGAAAUGUUGGGAUGUAAGGGACCACAAUGUAGUGUUCUCUCCUUGAACCUCAACUAAAUAAAUUGGGGAAACUUUGUAGACUUCAGGCUGAUCGCUAAAUUCUACCGCAGCGCACAUAC